UCCUUCUAUGAUAAAGAACACACAACUUUUUUUACAGCCUUUAAUUGCAUCUCAGUCCAUAGCAAUGAAUGUAAUAGCUUAAGAAAAUUGGUUUGGUCUUCCAAAGCCAUGUUCUCUGUCCAGUGCUGUCUCAGCAUCUGCAGUCCUCCCCAGUGGAAUCCAGUGCAACUGGAUUAGGACUCCUUUCUUUGUAUGCCAUGCCUGUUAGCUGAGCUAUGGAAGUAAAUGGAGAAGAAAUAAUGCAUCUGAAUUACACAGAAAUUCCAGUAUAGGUGACAGUAUCCCUGCAAAUUAGUAAGUCAUAAUGAAUCCUAAUGAGCUGUGAGGCAGGAAAAAUAUAUCUAAGCUUUUCCAGGAGGAAUGAACUGAACACCCUGAUCAAAGUACACAAUCACUUGAUUGGUGCAAGCUGAUAAUGGAGAUCAAGGCACAAAUACAUAAAACAAGGAAGAGAGAGAUCUAGUUAAUAAGUAAUUCCUCACCAUAAUGCAAGUUUGAACAACAAAUACUGUCUCCCAACAAUAAAGACAAUAUCUCAGCUGAAACACUCUCCAGCACAAGGAUAUUACUCCUUUCUCUCACCGAGAAGAAAAUGAAAAACAAGACAAAUGUUCUUCCCAGAGAAGGAGAAGCCCAACCUUCCAGGUGUCCAGAUAACACUGCAUUCAAACAGCAGAGGCUGCCCGCUUGGAAGCCCCAGCUGACCAUUGCAUCUGUGCUCUCCAGCUUCUUUCUGACAGGGGCAUUCUGCCUCACUGUGGGAGUCUGCCUUGUCCUGUCUGCAAACAGUGUCAGAGAAAUACAGAUAGAUUAUUCAGAUAAAUGUUCAGAUUGUUCAAAGCUCCGUGAAAAUUCCUCUAAUUGGAAUAAGGAAUGCCACUGUUCUGUCAAUUUCACGUUAAAGGAAAAUAUAUUGGGUGAUGUUUUUAUGUACUAUGGUCUGCAAAACUUCUAUCAGAACCACCGUAGAUACGUGAUAUCAAGAAGUGACGCACAACUUUUGGGCCGAAAUGUGAAUAUCCAGAGGAGCUACUGCGCGCCCUUCAGCACCUACAGGAACGGGACCCCGAUGGCGCCGUGCGGGGCCAUCGCCAACAGCAUCUUCAAUGAUACUAUUAAUCUGUUUUACAAUCAUAACUCAUCUGUGAUUCAAGUGCCACUGCUGAAGACUGGAAACAGUUGGUGGACAGAUAAAAAUGUGAAAUUUCGCAAUCCUGAGUCAUACAAUCUCUCUUCUGCAUUUGCAGCAGGGACAGCCAGACCUCCUUACUGGCAGAAACCAGUGUAUCUGUUAGACGAGGAAGACGAGAGGAACAAUGGUUACUUGAACGACGACUUCAUUAUCUGGAUGCGCGUGUCGGCCUUCGCGACCUUCAGGAACCUCUACCGGCGCGUCAGACGGGUUCGGCACUUCACAGAGGGCCUGCCAGCAGGGAACUACACCUUCCACAUCUCCUACAAUUUCCCUGUUACCAGAUUCAAGGGGAGGAAGCAUGUGAUUCUUUCAACCGUGGUGUGGAGCGGUGGAAGUAACCCAUUCCUGGGAAUUGCCUACCUGGUUUCUGGCACAGCAGCAACCCUGACAGGUUUUGUCAUAACUGGCAUCCACCUAAAGCUCAGGAAAAAGAAAACAUACUUUCAGAGGCGAGACAUUUGAAGUGCCUGGUAGAGCAACAGGAGUUUCUUCCAGCUUGCAACGAGACCUUGUUGAACUCCCACUACAUUGACUCAUAAAAUAGUAAUUAAUUAUGCCUGAGUUCUUUGUAUGAGGCACUGCAGUGCUGGAAUUCAUAUGGAGAAGAGGAAGAAGCACAAGCAGCAUCAGCUUUACUCAGUAACUGGCAAUAGCCAUGUCUGGUUGAAGACUGCCCCAGCAGCCCCUCCAGCAGUGCAGAGGGAUUGUGCUGACUGGGGACAGGACCUGCUGCCAGGAACCUCUUGGAGACUGGGCAUUGCCAGACUGCAGAUGAAUUAGAUACAAGUGGGAUGGGCCACGCUCUGUGGCACCUGGUACACAAGUUGGUCAGCACUGCCCGGCCCCGGCUGCCCCUUUGGUAUAUCGUACAGCGCCUGUGCUGAGGAUGCACUGUCUGUCCUGGAUAACAGUUUAUUGCACGUUCCAACCAGUGGAGGAGCUUGAUUCCCUGCAGCUUUGAAGGUGGAAAUGGAAGGAGCACCAAGAGGUGUGAAAGUUGUUUUAUCUGUCUGCAGAGAAGUCUUCACUGAAUGAAUGAAUUCAUCCACAAAGUCAGCAUUCUUCUCAUCAUUCUUGUUCCGAGGUGGUGCUGGAAAGGUGAUUUUAGGAGCACGACCUUCAGAAGAAAAGAAUGUAUAAGGCUACCAUGAUCAUUCAAUAUUGUAGAAACCAUCUAUAACCCUAUUUAAGAUUCUGCAGUGGAUAACCAAAGAGAAUAAUCACCAGCAGGAAAUGACACUGCCUCUGUUUCAGCUCAUCAUUCCACUUGCUUUCCUCAUAAUGAGUAUGUUAUCAUACUCAGAAAUAACAGAAAAAGAGGUAAGACUCCUUUCUCAAAUAAAGGCAAAUUACCAUACUAAUGUAAAGGAAAUGGAGUAACGUGUUCCUGCAGGAAUAGUUCUUAACAAAUAUAAUACAAAAUAAAUAUAACAUGUAUGUCAAUUUCUUUUGAAAAGUGAACUGCACUCCCAAACACUAUCAAAAUAAUUUAAAAAAUUAUAAAAGUUAAAAUACAAAUUCCUAUCAUUAUUCAGAGCUUUCUAGAUGUUGCUUAUUCAGGUUUUUUUAAAAACAAAGCAAGGGUAUCUUCUAAUAAGAAACCAGAAAAGCUUUUUUUUUUUAAGUUUUUUUCAGCCACUGGAUCUUGUUACAUGAGUGACCAUCAUGAGACUCCUCUCAAAACAGCAUUUACCCCCUUCUUCAGGCAAAUGCAUAGUGCAAGCCAUUUAAAUGCAGCUUGGAUAAACUCUCCAGUGCUGCACUUUAUGGUUCCCAGCAAGGCAUACUUUUGAGACUAAAUAAUUAUAAAUAAUUUUUCUAACUCUUCCCUGAUUUUUGUCACUCUUUUAAAAAGCAAGCACUAGGAAGUGAAAAAGCAUGACUGCAGUUACACUUCUGUCAGCUGUGUGUGCAGAAGAUGUAAUAUUGCUAUUUUGUCUGUAGUUAUGCAUUGAAGGAUCUUGAGUGCCUUUGUACAGCUACAAUACACCAGGAGAGGGAACUCCCGUGUCUUAAAUAAGUACAUCUGAUUGCAAAUGCACAGUGAUUUGACUGUAUUGAAAUCUUAUAAACUCCUCUAGAUCUUACACUAGAGACAAGCCUAACACUGAGCAUCUGAAUCUUCUUUAGAUUUCUUCAUAUAUACUCAAGAGGCUUGGAAUAAGCACUAGCCCUUAAAAGCUUCAUUAGAAACCCUCUCUGUUUAUCAAUGAACUCACUAACAAUUUAUUUUUUUAAUCUAACCUGUCAACUUUUAAGUAAUUUUGGGUAAAAAAAAAAGUAUGAUUGAAUUUCAGAUUUUAUGUAAAACAAGUUAUGUAAAACAAUGUUAGACCAUGUCAGUAUCUUGAAUGGAUAAACUUAGGAUAAGUCCAGAUUUCUCCCAUGAAAAUUCAAGUCAUUGUUUAAUCUCUCCAGUGUCUGUUGCUUCAAACACAAAAAAAAACCCCAAAGCCUGCCUCAUCUGUAUUUGCCACUGUUAACAUCUCUGUUUGUCCUGUGAUUUAAUUUAUUAAGAGCAGAAAAACACACACAUUUCCCCAACAUACUGUGCUACUACACUAGCAGGCCACAGCUGAAAAGCCAGGGAAACAAAUAAAGCAGGAAUUUACUCGAACCCAUUAAGUCCCUUGUAAAAGUGAGUAAUAGACUUAUCAGAACUUGACGUUCCUUGCCAUUUAAGGUAUUCAAUGUUUCCUAUUUUAGACCAAGUCUGGCUCAACAGCUCCAAGCACAUACUUAUUUUCACACACACUUACCUAGGUAACAGUUGGAAAAGAGGGUUAAUAAACCUAACACUCACUGACCUCUUUAGAAAAAGACUCAAUUUAGUGGGAUCAGCAUUUGAAUUGCACAAAAACAGUCUCAGUGAAGUAAAUAUUUUUCUGUCUCCAAAUUAAAGCUUUAGGAAAGAAAACAAAGUUCAUCUGCAUAACAGCUAAUUUUAGAAAAAGAAGAAUGACAGUUCAUUUUGAAUUUUAUGCGAAGUAACCGUAAGAGUCUAAACACCCUACAUAUACCUUGAUGUAGAUGAUAAAAUCACACUGCUAUUUGAAAAAAAACUCACUGACUUCUGGUCGCGAAAUUCUCCUGAAGACAACAAAAACUAAGAACAUUAUCAGAGGAUGGAACAUACCUUUUGAAGCCUGUCAUCCUUUAACACCACCAAGAUGAACAGCUCAAAUCAGAGUGAAUUCAUAUAAAAAGAAAGGCAUUUCAGCAUUUCCAUCUCUGAGACGGAAAGAAAGAGGAAGUUAUAUGACAACUUAAAACAGUUUCUGAGGAGAUCAGUUUCUGAAACGAUGCAAGACCAGUGCAAGAAGCAAGUGGAAUUGAAAAAAACCACAAAGGUGAAAAAGAGGAAUUAAAUGUGGCAUGUUUCAGGGCUUUGUAUCCAGUCUAAAGGAAAUCCUAUGUCCAUACAUCAGUGUGAGAGACCAAUAUAAUGUUUAGCAAUAUAUUUUUGCCUAAUGCUGUAUACAGAGGAGAUGUCAACAGAACCUUGAGAUGAGACUAUAAUGUAACAACCUGGGACCUGCAAAGACAAUAUCUGGAAGAUGUGAAUGAAAUACUGAACUGAAUAUUAGUUAUACCCUUCAAAAGCAGACAGUGACUAUGGACCUCCAGGGCUGAAUCCAUUCUCUUCAGCAUAAGCUGAAUAACCAAGCUCCCAGGAACUUGUGAGACAAGAACAGUUGUAAAGUCUACUUACCCAGAUCUUUUUGAAGAACAUUUUCCCUCUCACUCUGUAUUGAGCUUGAAGUUUGUGGUUUCCAUUUCACACCUAAAGAGGGAUUUACAUGCCUAAAACAUUUUUCUUACAUCUCAUUGCCUUGAUUAAAAGAUAUUACCUCUCCCUGCAGCGCUUGCUUGCAUGCCUCCUGAGAGAAAAAAUGCAAACUGUAAUGACAGCACCCCACAACUGGCUCAACAAGGAAACCACCAGAGAAGAGAUUACCCUUACCGUGAGCGAGUAUUUUGCCUAGUCUGACAUGUCAGAUUUUGGCCCUGCGCUUCUAAUAUAAAGCCCCUCCCAGAAGAACUGAAUCAAAAUAUGUCAGCUUAAUCAACAUCAUGUUUAUGCAUAAAAAAGACUUAUUGACCUUUUGGUAAGUGACCUACUAAGAAAAGCAAGGUCUCAAAGGAUUUCCCCCUUCAUGCUCUGUGUGGGGCAACAAGCCAAUACAACAUCUGCUCAGUAUGCACUGCAAAGCAAAUGAACAAUGCUGACACCAUUAAUCAGCUUGUCCAACUGAAUAAAAUUUCAAAAGCUAAUGUAAGAAAGCUUGGCUUUAAAAGCAAACAUUUCAUGUGGAUCUGCAUGGGUUCAUCUAAUGAUGGAUUAGUUAACCCUGAGAGAUGAAGAAUAACUCCAGCCCUUUGUUUGAGAGGGCAGUGCAUGAAAAUCUGACAAUGCACAGAGAAAGACUGUAAAGAAAUUAAAGCUAUGGGAAGUACUUUUGCAAAAAUUGAUUGCCUCCCAUUGGUGCCUCAAACUUCAGUGUGUGAUAUUAAACACAAUGAAUAAAAACCACCUGGUUUUGAGUCCUAUCCACAGGCUGCAAGCUGUGAUUAAAUGUAUGUUUUUUUCAUUCACAGAA